AUGUCAAGUAGAAGAAACAGUCAUAACCGCCGCCCAUCGCGUAGCGGCUCCGGCAGAGGUCCUUCUCAACGGCGUGCUUCUGCUUCAAGACGUCGUCCAUCCGUCAGAACCCCAGCUGACCGAGCCCAAGAACAAAGACCGCAUCCCCAAAUCCUAGCCGAUCUCCCGUACCCAUCAUAUCGAGCAUAUAACACUCGGGACUUAGCUCACGCACUCCAAGCCAACGCCGACGGCGCCCCAGCCAGGUUCGCUACUCGUUUAGACAACACCCAGUUAGGUAUCUUGCGCGCUGCUCUCCCAGCUGACAUCGGCGUCCAUCCUACGGCUGAUAUCCGCUUCUUUCUCGAAUCAUGGGUCGGUAUCCUGGAUACUGUUUUCUUUUUCGGAAACUUGAUUCGUCGAGGACUAGAAGGUGGGUUUAGUCUGUACAAUAAACCUAAUAGUAGGCGCCAAGGCUUCUACAAUAGAGAGACGAAGAAUGUCAGGAUUAAUACAUGGGAUGGAGGACAGGAUCCUGCACGGUUCGCUGAGCAGUUGCUUUGCACUCUGUUUCAUACCAUGUUGUCUGCGUUCCUGGACUUGUACGGAUGCGAGUGCGCCGAAUGUGUUAGAACAGAGAAUGCAGAGCAAGGAGGUCUGGGUACGGGCCAUGGUCCGCCGUGGCUGAAUUCUAUCACGGCUUUGCAGAGGGAGUUGCAAAGGGAAGUUCCUUGGCAGGUAGACUGCAAUAUCCUGGAAUCUGUACAACAUGAGAUGAAGCAAACUCCGAGCUGGAAACCAAGAAACGACCAACUGGAGCGAUGGGGAGCAGAAUCUCUCAUACAAGUGGAAGAACCUCCUCCUGAGCAGCCUGUCCGUCGUCAACCUGUGGAUAAUGAAGAUGAUGAUCUCGGUCAUCAUCAACGCACAGGAGUGCGGCAGAAAGAACAAACUAGUUGCUGCGUCAUCCUGUGA